AUGUAUGAUCCUUUACAAUGCAACCUCUGGACCAACCCUUGUUCGAAGUGGUUCCUCUUGGCGUUGCACCCAAUGUUUUAAACGACAGAUCAAAUGCGUGAUGCUGUCGUACUCGUGGUCGUCUCCUUUCCACAAUCGCGCCACCUGGGUUGUUUUCCGACGUUAGUCUCUUUCGCGUUUUGUACGGCAGGCGUGCCCCAUUGUUUCGGUUCUACCGGCCUUUCGGGUGCUCUAGGAACGAAUCCACGUUCGGGGCAAUGGCCAGGAAAUCUGUCCAGAAGCCCAUCUUGCAGUCUGUCUCGGAAACCCGGCGCUCCAGUUCCAACCUCAGGUACAUGCAGUGGGCGCGGAAAUCGUGCAGGGGUCGGUCAUUCAGUUUCUUCAGCUGCAUCCUCUCCUUUGCCGUAGCUACCUGCUUGGGAUGGUAGCCAAUGGUGAGGGGAUACAGCUUGUAGCCCGCACCAUCCAGCAGCUCUAGAAUCUCAACGGCCUUGUUGCAAAUGCUCGCAUCGGAUGAUCCGCCGACGCUUCCUGCCAUCAGGUCCAUGGCCUUGGGCCAGAAUUCGAACAGAAUGUGCUGGAAUUUGUGCCUCCGGAUCGAUUCGCUCAUGCCGGCAAAGACCGAUGGUUCGAAGCCUUGCGUGUCCACCUUGAUGGCGUAGACUUCGUCGAUCUUGGGUGCGGACUUGGAGGGUUGGGAAGUGUCUACAACCGAAACCGGCUGGAUCUUGUUGCGGUAGCUGCUGCUGUCCAGGACGACGUCGUCGAGCCUGACGGACGGGACGUGCACAAUGUCUCCAUCGGGGGCAUUUGCCUCCAUGCUGUACAUGUUCGCGUUCCCGACGUGGUCUCCCGUGCUUCCGCCUUUGCUGGUGUGAAAUUCCAGCGUCCCUCCCGUAACAUUUCCCGCGGCCACGUUGUACAGGUGGAGGUAAUCCUUAUACUCUUCCAGCUCGCGAUCGUUCCGGACCUGGCCGGUGAUCCUCUGGAAGGACGCUGGCGACGGCUCGAAGCAGUGGGCGUGGAUGUGGCGGAUCGCGGCCGCCUUGCACUGCUUGACACUGUGGACGCCAAUCUCCAUGGCCACCAGCGGCUUGUUCGACCCCUCCCCGGAGACGAUGGUCCUUCCGUGCUCGAGGAGAUCUAUCCACAAAUCGUCGGAGCCACGCUCGAGAUAGUCCGGGCGCAGGAGGGUUCGAUCGGGCGGGCGGGCACCCAUCUGCCGCGCAACCUUGGACCCUUCGUUCCUUUUUGCUUCGGGAAGCAAAGGUAUCUCUGGGGUGUCGGAAUGCGAAUUCCGUUGCACAACUAUCGCACCCAGUUCUUCCUGCUGCCGCGAGAGGGAGAAAGAAUGAGAAACGGCGUACGCCACCCACGUGAUCAUGCCCAGAGAAGCGACCUUGUGGCAGGCAUCCCUGGUGUUUCUCGCCCAAAACCAGGAUUGGUUCCUCACCCGCUUGGACGAUCCGAAUUUCAUUGUCGACGUUCUGUUUUCGCGGUCGGUUUUCUGAAUAUAUAGUGUUUCCCUCGUUUGGUUGGAAAUUGGUCCUGUUGAUUCGAUACGAUCCUUGUACCAGGGGUCAUACCCCUGCCUUGUACGAUGUACAGUACGUACUGUACUGAAGGGGUCAUAAUGACCACUGCUGUACGAUGCAAUGAGGGGUACGAGUACUCGUACUCGUGACUCAGGCCCACAAUGGCCCACAAUGCAACUAAAAAUGCAAAAUACAA